AUGAGAGGCUGUGCAGUAUCGUUAACCACCAACAACAUCAAUUCCAUUCCUUUUCUUCACAUUGAUCCUUCUCAACCUUCAUUUUUGUUCCCAUCUCAAUCUCUCACCAUUCACAACCCAACACUAAAACCAAUACCCUCAACUUCACUUUCCAUCCAUCAUCCAUUCUCUCCAACUUCAAUUCAUGCCCAACAACACCACAACCAACUUCAUGAUGAUAGUGUUGAAGAAGAAGAAAGCUUUCAAAUUCUAACCUCUGUGAAAACUGAUUACAAUGAUAUCAUGAUUGUCGAUACUCCUAACUCUAGAAUGCUUCUCCUUGAUUCUUCUCAUAAUGUUCAUAGCAUUCUUUACAAGGACCGGAAAUGGACGAAUUCAUACUGGGACGAGUUUGCCAGCUUGCCAGCCAUUGUUCCAAAAGGCCCUAUUGCUAUCUUAGGUUUGGGUGGUGGAACUGCUGCGCAUCUGAUGCUUGAACUGUGGCCUUCACUGCAACUUGAAGGAUGGGAGAUUGAUGACAUUUUGAUUGAUAAAGCUAGAGAUUACUUUGGUUUAUCUAAUCUGGAGAAGACAACAGAAGAUGGUGGCAUUCUAAACGUUCAUAUCGGCGAUGUCUUCGUUCCCUCAGAGGAUUUGCACAGAAGAUAUGCGGGAAUUGUAGUUGACUUGUUCUCUGAUGGAAAAGUUUUGCCUCAACUGCAAGAGGUUAGUACAUGGUUGGAGUUACGAGAUAGAUUGAUGGCCAAUGGUCGCUUUAUGGUGAACUGUGGCGGCAUUGAUGCGGAUUCAAGUGUCGCAUUUGGAACUAGUGAUCCAGAAAGUUUAUCAAAUGAUGAAGCAUGGUUAUUAAACACAGCAAUGAAAGCAUUAUCCAAAGCAUUUCCUGGACAAGUAAGUUGGAAGAGAAUGCCGAAGAAAACCGGAGUGAUGGACUGGAGACCUUGUGGAAUGUGA